UCAGAUCUGAAGGAAUACAUCACGGGACAGUGUCGGUUAACUUUGGCUUAAGCGAAGUUAGUAUCUUUGAAGUCGUGUCAAAUAAACGCCCGCCUAGUGAAUCUGCCUUCCUGAUAUUUCGUAAAAAUAGCGUCGCGAGUUCGAAAACGAGAUGUACGAAAGCAGUUGCAGCAACUCAUCUUCCCCGUCUUACAGGGAAAGCGGCGAAUUGGUGUCUUCCGAGUAUGAGGAUUUCUCAACAACGAAACUGAUGGAUUUAACGAACGCGACUGAGAAAUAUUUGCCAGUUACGUUGCCGCAAAUGGAAGAAAACAAUCCCCAAUCUCAGUUCAGCUUCUACUAUCAGUACAAUCGCGAUCAGCAAUUUCUUCAGGAAAACGUCAAGUUCUACGAUAAUCAGUAUUACCAUAAACCAUUGGAGAACCACCGGAACCCCCCGGAGCCUCCCCAGUACCUCGACUCCAAGAUGCAACUGGACAACAUGAACAUCAAAGUGGAAAUUGAAGACGAACCAAUACACAUGAUGAAAACGAAAUCUUACGGUAGGAAGAGAAAAUCCACCAGUUCAGACGAUGAAAACUCCUUCGGCAUCAAGAAGCCCAGGAGGAAAAUGCCUCAGUCCUAUGAGGACGUGCAGAACCAGAGGAUUAUGGCGAAUGUGAGGGAACGACAACGCACUCAAAGCUUGAACGAAGCUUUCGCAAGUUUGAGGAAAAGCAUACCCACCUUACCGUCGGAUAAACUAUCCAAAAUUCAAACCUUGAAGCUGGCAUCCAGGUACAUCGCGUUCUUGUAUCACGUAUUAUCAACAUCAUCUCCGGAUAUGGCUGGAGAAAACGAUAUUUUAGGGAAUGUAUGCUCUUACACCGCACAUGAGAAAUUAUCCAGGGCUUUCAGCAUGUGGAGAAUGGAAGGUGACUGGAAUAAUCAACUUUAGGAAAGACUGCUCGUUCAGUGAUUGAUUCGUUUUCUGUGAAAACAAUUGUUAUGUUUGUUACGUGAAAAUUAUUUCCAUAAAUCGGUGAUACUCGAAUUAAGGGACAAUAUUUCAUUCGUGAAAUUUUCGUUGGGGGACUGCAAAUAACCUUUAAAAAAUUGCUGUUGACAUUUAUUUACCGCGCAGUACCAGUACUCCUAAAAUCGUUGUUUUCACCUGCAAAUGUACCACCAAAACAGUGAACUACAAAAUAUUAUCAUUAUCUUAAUAAUUCAUAUUAAAUCCUUGACUGCACCCGAAGUCAACUCCUGUAUUCCACUCACAUUGAAUGUAAAAAUUUCAAUUUCAGAGACAAAGGGUCUAUUUCGGUUAAUUUUGUAACGGCAUUCUUUUUUAUUUUCCUUUCAUUGUGGUGACUUGGCGGGGGUCUUCAAUUUAUCAUUCUGGAUCUUUGUUAGGAUGUUUAAUUUUAUUUAUUUUACUCACUGACAUCGUAAAGUGUUCAUUCGAUACUAUGGGAAUUUUAUACGCCGACAGCUGGUAUGCGACUUUUUUCUUGUAUGACACUACGAGACACAUUUAAUGGUCAAAACUAAUGACAUUCAGCGUCAGAUCUCAUUACAGCUGAAUUCAUAUGGUCUUAAUUUAGAACACCUAUUCAUUUUUCAUUUAUUGAAUUGUGUGGUAUGAGUUACCAUGAGUAGUUUAGUUUUGUUGUUGGAACUGCAGAUUUCUGCGUGAUAUACUAUUACUUCUAAGAUUAAUUGUAUUUAUUUUUGUUAUGAAUAAACUAUUUUUGUAUAUUA